AUGGCGAAGGGAAGAGCACACCCUUCGAAGCGACCCACCCACCAACUACUCGUCGCGGCUGUCCUAUCCGUCUCCAUUCUCCUCCCGAUGCUCGUGCCGGCGGCGGCAACCGUGGCGGUGGCGGAGGGGGACGGGGUGUCGGCGCUGGGGGGCGGGAAGCAGUUGGCGGUCGGCAAGGACGAGGGGAAGCUGGUCGCGGAGGGGGAUGCUGGUGGAGGCGGGUCGGUGGAGGAGGACGAGUUCGCGGGUGGCUUCGGCUCCCUCGACAGCAUGCUGCAGUGGGCGAUCGGAAAUUCUGAUCCAGAGAAGCUGAAAGAGGAGGCGGCUGAUGCGCAAAAGUUAUCUGAAGAUGAACUGCUCAAGCGGCGUCAGGAGAUCAAGGAGUUGAUGGAGAAGUUAAAGAUGCCAUCAGAUGCUGACUUAAUGAAAAUUGCAAUUGAUGACUUAAAUAAUUUUUCCAUUUCACUGGAGGAUCGCCAGCGUGCACUGCAGGAACUUUUAGUUCUUGUGGAGCCCAUUGACAAUGCUAAUGAUCUUGACAAACUUGGGGUCCUCCUUCCUGUGAUUCAAGAGCUUAAUAAUGCAAAUGAAGAAAUACGGACCACCUCUGCAUGGGUCCUUGGUACAGCCAGUCAGAAUAAUGAACUUGUACAAAACCAGAUCCUUGGUUACGGAGCUUUGGUGAGGUUGGUGAAGAUGGGUUAUUCCACAUCUACAGAAGAAGCUGCAAAAGCAUUGUAUGCUAUAUCAUCUUUGAUCAGAAAUAAUGUAAAUGGUCAAGAGGCAUUCCAUUCAGAAAAUGGGAGUGCAAUGUUGCAGCACAUAUUGGUCAGCAACAAUAUUGAUGUUAGGUUACAGAAGAAGGCAGUGUUUUUAGUAACAGAUUUGGCAGACUUUCAGCUAAAUUCUGGAAUCGCGCAACUUCCUUUCUUGAGUGACCGUCUUUUUCUGAAAUCAAUAGUCGAUAUGUUAUCAAGGUUUGACCUAGACCUUCAGGAAAAGGUUUUAUUGGCCAUUAAGAGUCUACUGAAACUUUCCUCAACUGAUGUGGAGGAUUUUGAGUUCUAUGAUCUCAAUAAUGUACUGCUCAGACUAGGGGUACAAUUGGAGGACUUGACACCAGAGGAUCAAAAGGAGUUUGCUGUGGAGGUUGAUGCCCUCCGGAGAGAAGUUCAAACGCUCUUCCAACAGAAGCUCAAGCAGUUAGAUGGUGGGAUUGGGUUUUCUCCUUGCAGUUUUCAAGAACCAUUCAGUCGGAGGGGUACGGUGGAUGCACUUCGGCAAGGUUGUGUAGUAUAUGAUGGCAUGAUACAUGAUAGGUUAGGAAGUAAGGCACGUGCUUAUGAUGACUCCAUUUUGGCAAACUAA